UUUUUUUUUGCAAGUGGGAGGAGACUUAGUGGGAGAUACACAGGUGGAACACAUUUGGGAAGAGAUAUUGGUUUCAGGAUAAACAAGGUGGAGGUGGAGCGUUGCUAGCCGGGGCCAGGCGCCCAAAGUACAGGUUAGACCGGUUUCUUCCCACACGAUACUUUUCUCUCCUCGGCUUUCGAUUCCGACGGUAAGAGAGUGCCAGAUAGCGUGUCUUGUGAAGGAAAAGACAAGAAGUUUCUCAGCACACUCCAACAUUAACCACAUAAAGGAAUUUCAAGAUGGCAGAGGAAGGAGGCCAGUAUUAUGGAAAGAAUGGCGAGCCCAGGAAGUAUGACCCCUCUUUUAAGGGCCCGACCCACAAGAGGAGCUGCACAGACAUCGCGUGCUGCAUCCUCUUCGUUGUUGCCAUUGUGGCCUAUAUUGCAGUAGGAAUACUUGCUUGGACACAGGGGGACCCCAGGAAGGUGAUCUACCCCACAGACAGUGAAGGCCAAUUCUGCGGGCAAGCUGGCACCCCACUCGAGAAAAAGAGGCUCUUGUUCUACUUCAACAUCCUGAAGUGCGCCAGCCCCAUGGUGCUGCUGGAGUUCCAGUGUCCGACCACGCAGAUGUGUGUGGAGAAAUGCCCUGAGAAGUUCAUGACGUUGACGAACGCCCUCGUCAGCAGACAAGAUUUUGACUACUACAAGGCCUUCUGCAAGGAAGGCGUGUCGAGCACACUGGGUAUAGCAACCAUCCUCAAGCGUGGGCUGUGUCCUGCCAUGCUGACCCCCAGCAAGCCUUUCACUCGCAGGUGCUUCCCAGCUUUGGGCAGUAGAGGAGGAGUGAUAACUGUGGCAAACCUCUCUAAGUUUGAUGAUGGAACGGGAUUGAGAGAUGCCAAAGACCUUUUGGAUGGAGUUACGAAUGCGACUGUGGUCAUUGAAGCGCGUCAGGUGGUCAUGAAGAUCUUUGAGGAUUACACGCAGUCCUGGUACUGGAUCCUAAUAGGUUUAGUUAUCGCGAUGGUCCUCAGUCUGCUCUUUAUCGUCCUCCUGCGCUUCCUGGCUGGGAUCAUGGUCUGGGUCAUGGUUGCCCUGGUGAUAAUUGUCAUAGGAUACGGUAUCUUUCACUGCUACAUGGAGUACGCCCACCUGAAGGGGGAGCCCGGUGCUGAUGUGACUCUACAGGAUCUUGGUUUUCAGACGGACUUCACGGUCUACCUUCAGAUCAGACAGACCUGGCUGGCCUUCAUGAUCAUCCUCGCCAUUGUGGAGGUCAUAAUCAUCCUACUGCUCAUCUUCCUCAGAAAAAGGAUUCUAAUUGCCGUAGCACUCAUCAAGGAAGCCAGCAAGGCAAUUGGACAUGUGAUGUGUUCCCUCUUAUACCCACUUUUCACUUUUCUGCUCCUGGCCCUGGUCAUCGCCUACUGGGCAGUGACUGCUGUCUUCCUGUCUACCUCCAGCGAGCCCAUCUACAAGGUGAUCAAUGAGACCGCGUGCCAGCACUCAAGGAAAACAUGCGAUCCGGCCAACUACUCGAGCUCCGCCAUGAAACAAGAGUGCCCUGAAUCGGAGUGUCAUUUUGCCUUUUACGGCGGAGAGACCCCUUACCACAAAUACUUGAUCGGCCUGCAGUUCUACAACGUCUUCCUCUUCUUUUGGUGCGCUAACUUCGUCACUGCGCUGGGUCAGAUGACCCUAGCCGGGGCCUUUGCUUCCUACUACUGGGCUUUUGACAAGAAAAAAGACAUGCCUUCCUUCCCAGUCUUUUCGUCCCUCGGUAGAUCUCUCAGGUAUCACACAGGAACUCUGGCGUUUGGCUCUCUGAUCCUUUCAAUAAUCCAGAUCAUCAGGGUUCUGCUGGAGUAUCUGGACCAUAAACUGAAAGGUGCCCACAACAAGUGUACCAGGUUCCUCCUGUGCUGUCUGAAGUGCUGCUUUUGGUGCCUGGAGAAAUGCAUCAAGUUCCUCAACAGAAAUGCCUACAUCAUGGUGGCAAUAUAUGGCAAAAACUUCUGCACUUCUGCCCGGGAUGCCUUCUUCCUUCUCAUGAGGAAUUUGAUCAGGGUGGCUGUGUUGGACAAAGUGACAGAUUUUCUCUUGUUUUUGGGCAAACUGCUCAUCGUCGGACUCGUGGGAGUCUUUGCUUUCUUCUUCUUCUCGGGGAGAGUGAAGGUCUUUGCGGACACUGCACCCAAUCUCCACUAUUACUGGGUGCCCAUACUGACCGUGGUGGUGGGCUCCUACCUCAUUGCCCAUGGAUUCUUCAGUGUGUACGCCAUGUGUGUGGACACACUCUUCCUCUGCUUCUGUGAAGACCUGGAGCGCAACGACGGUUCAGCCUCAAAGCCUUAUUACAUGUGUCCGUCCCUCCGCCGGCUUCUGCUGAAGAGUGGGAGUCGAAGAGCUUCUGUGCAGGACGAAGACGACACGAGUCAGUCGCAGCAAGGCGUUAGGGAGGAGGACGUGAUCUUAAAUGUCCACAGUCCCGCCGCCAAGAGACGUUCUCUUGAAAAAAGACGUUCUCUUGAAAGAAAACGAUCAGGUUAUUCUCCAAAAUAGAGAAGAGUCUCUUUUUGGGGUCUCACAGAGGGAUGGUGCAGCUCUCUCUUCUAUUCAAGUUUAUUCUACUGUGAUCUAUUCCAUGAAGGUCUUCCACUGGAGAUAAGACGCUAAAGUCCCCGCAAAUGCGUCUCCCGUUUGAUUGUAUCGUGUCGGAAAAGAUGUUCUAUGUGCCUCAUGCCCUAAUGAUGAUGAUGAUGAUGAUGGUCGACAUUAUUGGUGCGUCCUAAUCACGGUUUAAUACGUACCUCGGUUGUAAGAUGACUGUUUUUGUAGCAGUAGGGGAACAAAAUGUACAUAAUUAGCGUUUGUGUUUUUUACUUUUAAAAUGAAACUUCCAAUAAAUAACAUUCUUAACCCUC